GAACUUGUAUGAAGAAGACGAUUCCGGGAGUUGUGAUAAGAGUUGUGUAAAAAUGGCUUUUUUGUCAAAUAGCGAUGAUUUAUUUGACUCCAUUGUCAUGGCCGAUAACAGGUUUCAUGUUGAAGGUUAUCAGGAAGGAUUUGAAGUGGGAACUCGGCAGGGAGCCAUCGAGGGCAGAAAUCACGGGCGACUGCACGGAGCUAAACUCAGUGCUGAGGUCUCUUUUUAUUAUGGAUUUGCAGUUGCAUGGAAAUGUCUUCUUCAAAACAAUAGCGACAUUAAAGCAAGAAAAAGGCUGAAAGCUGUGGAAUCUUUGGUUGGAGCGAUCCAAAAGUUCCCUUAUGAAGACCCUAAGUAUGAGAAACUUCAAGAGGAUAUGGAAAGGGUGCGUGCCAAGUUUAGACAGGUAUGCUCUUUGCUGAACGUGCCAACAGACUUCCGAGAAUAUUUGAGUGGAUCAACAGCUAUGUCCUUCUGAGACUGCAGGAGCCUUAUAACAGCCAUGUCAGAAAACUCAGGAGCACCUCUGAGGCCUUCAUUGAUUGAGUACAUUGAGAUGAUAAUCUGCUGACAGUCAGUGGUGAUGAGUUUUGGGGUGUUGAUGUGCUCUGCAGAGUGUAUAAGAGUGGACCGGGAUCACUAUGGCAGGCCUUAAGGCAGAAUUCUCGAACUGCUCUGGAAGGGAAUUCUAGAAAACACUGAAUAUAAAAGUCAGAUUUGUUUGGCAUUCCAGUAUUUUAAGUUCUGUGUUUGGCAGUUUUAAAGCAAUACACGUGGGAGAAAUUGCAGUGUUUAAUUUCGGUAAAAUGAAUGAAUCUGUAAGUAUAAGAAUAAAGAAAGUCACUUUCUUUUUAUGAAUA